AUGACUAAUAAGGUGCUGGCGGCAGUUCAGGACCUCCAGAAGCAGCAGCAGGCCCAGCAGCAAAAUGGUGGAGGCGGCGGCGGCGGCGGUGGUGGCGGUGGCGAAGCAGGCCAAGCGGCCGGGGCUGCCGGUGGAGCUGGUCAGAGCUCGGAGAACAGCUCACGCACGAACCUGAUCGUCAACUAUCUGCCACAAACGAUGACGGAAGAGGAGAUCCGCUCGUUGUUCUCCAGUGUUGGCGAGGUGGAAAGUGUGAAGCUGGUGAGGGACAAGAACGUCAUCUAUCCUGGGCAACCGAAAGGUCAGAGCUUGGGCUACGGCUUCGUCAACUACCAUCGACCGCAGGAUGCCGAGCAAGCGGUGAACGUACUGAACGGAUUGCGGUUGCAGAAUAAGGUGCUGAAGGUGUCGUUUGCCCGGCCCAGCUCUGAGGGCAUCAAGGGUGCGAAUCUGUACAUUUCCGGCCUACCGAAAACGAUCACACAAGAGGAGCUGGAAACGAUCUUCCGACCGUAUGGCGAAAUCAUCACCUCUCGUGUCCUUAUUCAGGAGGGCAACGAUAAACCGAAAGGAGUUGGUUUCAUCCGAUUCGACCAACGUAAGGAAGCGGAACGGGCCAUCCAAGCGCUGAACGGUACGACCCCCAAGGGACUAACCGAUCCAAUCACGGUCAAGUUCUCCAACACGCCUGGUCAGAAUGCGGCCGCCAAGGUAGUCCAGCCGGCACUGCCCGCUUUCCUGAAUCCCCAACUGACCCGUCGGCUCGGCGCGAUUCAUCAUCCGAUUAACAAGGGGCUCGCCCGGUUUUCGCCAAUGGGUGGCGAAGUGCUGGACAUGAUGCUGCCGGCGGCACCGACCAACGGCCUCAAUGUGGCACCAUCCGGCGGGUGGAGCAUAUUUAUCUACAACCUCGCGCCGGAGACGGAGGAGAACACGCUCUGGCAGCUGUUCGGUCCGUUUGGUGCCGUGCAAAACGUUAAGGUGAUCAAGGAUGCGGCCACGAACCAGUGCAAGGGCUACGGGUUUGUCACGAUGACAAACUACGAGGAGGCGAUGCUGGCAAUCCGCUCUCUCAACGGCUACACGCUCGGUCAGCGCGUCCUGCAAGUCAGCUUCAAGACCAACAAGUCAAAGUAA